GAUAUGCGGUGACAAGCGGAGAUUCUAACCUAAUCGGUGAUAACCUUGAAAAUCACUCAGCGGUGCGUGAACGUGGCACGAGCGUGAAUAUUCGUUGCUGACUCACUCGUAUGGAUGUUAAUAUGAGGAGGAAACUCGACAAGGAGGAUCGAUCUGCAGAGGAUGGCGUCGUCGACUCGAGCAGCAGCCAGGAGCCGUCUGAUCUGCGGGGAGACGAGAAGAAUAUUGCGAUUUUGUUCUUUUUAUACCUGCUUCAGGGUAUUCCAUUGGGAUUAUGCGGCUCGAUCCCUAUGCUGUUGCAGAAUAGAGGAGUUUCCUAUCGCCAACAGGCAGAAUUUAGUUUUGUACAAUGGCCAUUUUCGUUGAAGCUCUUUUGGGCCCCCAUAGUAGACUCCAUUUUUUCCCAGAAGUUUGGAAGGAGAAAAACUUGGUUGAUUCCCACUCAGUAUUUAAUGGGUUUAUUCAUGCUUCUUUUGUCCAAUUAUGUGAACCAUUGGUUGGGAAAGGAACAUGAGAAGCCUAAUAUUGAAAUGUUGACUGCAUUAUUUUUCUCCUUAAACGUACUUGCUGCAACUCAGGAUAUUGUAGUAGAUGGAUGGGCACUUACAAUGCUUAAAAGGUGCAACGUUGGCUAUGCAUCUACCUGCAACAGUGUCGGCCAAACAGCGGGCUACUUUAUUGGCUAUGUUUUAUUUAUUUCGCUGGAGUCCGCUGAAUUUUGCAACAGUUACUUGAGGUCGACCCCUUCUGAUAAAGGCAUACUAACUCUACCCGGAUUUUUAUAUUUCUGGGGCUGGACAUUUAUCAUUACAACAACGUUUAUUGCGUUAUUCAAACACGAAGAUAAAGGCAGAGUUUCAAAAGGCGUAGACUUAAACAUGGAUAUUAAGCAUGCAUACAAGCUGCUAUGGGACAUAGUUAAAUUACCAGCCAUAAAGACCACGAUUAUAUUUCUCUUGACUGCAAAGAUCGGAUUUUCAGCAUGCGAUGCUGUAACUAGUUUAAAGCUUAUAGAAGCCGGUUUUCCGAGAGAGAAAUUUGCUUUUAUGGCCGUGCCUAUGAUACCAUUGCAAAUAAUUUUACCACUAAUAAUCUCGAAAUAUACUGCUGGACCCAGACCUAUGGAUGUUUACAUGAAAGCUAUGCCUUAUAGGUUGGCAUUUGGCUUAAUAGCGGCAUGUUUGGUGUGGGUUACACCAUUCAUUGUAAUCAAUGGAUAUGUUCCAGUUUAUUAUUUUGUAGUAUUGAUAGGCUUAUACUUCAUACACCAGAUUUCUGCAAGUAGUAUGUUUGUGGCAUCGAUGGCUUUUUUUGCAAAAGUCAGCGAUCCGGCAGUUGGCGGAACAUACAUGACAUUACUGAAUACUUUGUGCAAUCUUGGUGGAAAUUGGCCUGCCACGGCUGCGCUUUGGUUUGUCGAUCCCUUAACAUUUAGACAAUGCAAUACUGAUUAUGCAAAUGACUGUAGCACGAUUACGGAGAGAGAGCUCUGUGCAAAUACCAACAAUGGUGUUUGUGUUAUGCAACUCGAUGGUUACUACAUAGAAAGCAUUCUUUGCUUAAUAAUAGGUUUCUCUUGGCUUAGAUGGGGUCGUAGAAAAAUUAAUAUAUUACAAGCAAAACCGAUGUCAGCGUGGAAAAUUGUACUUACCCGUAACAACAGAUAUUUCAUAGAAGUUUUGUAAAACAGAAGACAUGUGCGACGCAUGUUCGCAGUUUAUUGUAAAUAUAUCUAAAAGUAUUUUAUGCAUAAAGAACGCAUGACGAAAUACAUAAACGCAGGAUGUUAAUAAAAAUUUUCAUAUAAAAAGUUGGAGCUGAUGUGUAUAUGUUUUAUUUCAACUUUUUUGUACUUUCCUGACGGCAAUAUAGAGAAAUAAACACAGUCACAGCCAUGAAGACGAAAUAUCAGGUAUGAAUAUGAGUAAUCAGAUAUAGUCACUUCAAAUAUAUAUAUGGAUAGACGUUACUCGUGUGGAUAUUAUAACAGUUAAUGUGUUGCAUGAGAACAAUAUUGUACAUAACGACACAAUUACGAGUAUAUUACAUUUUGUAUUAGUUUUGAGAAAUUCAAGCGUGCGUGUGCGUGUGCGUGUGUGUGUUUUCGGUUUAUACACAAUUAUUUUAUCUAUCUACAUGCAAGAUUUUGUAUCAAGUUUCAGUAAUUGAAGAAAGAUACGAAGAAUUACGCUAAGAAAUAUUUUUGUAAAUAAAAAUUGGACUUUUAAUAAUUUGUUUGUUAAUGUUCCAGUUCGAGAUCACUUUAUACAUGAAUUCGCAUUAUAAUUGCAAUAAUUGUCAAUUGCAAAAUAUAUCACUCAUUUGCU